UUUUCAUCCAUUGAAAAUAUUCGCGUUGAAGCAUAUCAGGAAAAGGUUUGUGGAGAACGAAAGAAGUGUUUUCGUUAUACGUUUUUAUAAAAUCAUUUGAGUUCAAGGUUUCACAUAACAUGGAUGCACAUAGCGGAGCACCGCCUGGCUAUCCUCCUGCCAGUGGCCCUGGCUAUCCUCCUGCCAGUGGCCCUGGUUAUCCUCCUGCCAGUGGCCCUGGUUAUCCUCCUGCCAGUGGCCCUGGUUAUCCUCCUGCCAGUGGCCCUGGUUAUCCUCCACAAGGACCACAAACUGGUUAUUCGCCUCCACAACAAGGAUAUAAUCCUGGAAAUCAGUCAUACCCACUGACACAAACUUACCCGCCUUCUGCUCAAGUUCAACAACCUGGCGGUUAUCAGCAGUAUAACACAGGGGCUCCUGUUGCUACUCAACCUGGUGGAUGGAUGCCAGUACCUGUAGUCCAGGUAGAUUGUCCACCGGGAUUGGAAUAUUUAACACAAAUAGAUCAAUUGCUGAUAAAACAGCAAGUUGAGCUCUUGGAAGCAUUUACUUCAUUUGAAACAAACAACAAGUAUAAGAUUCAAAAUUCCCUUGGACAACAAGUUUACUUUGCUGCUGAAGAUACUGACUGUUGUACUCGUCAAUGUUGUGGCUCAAGUCGUCCAUUUGAUAUAAAAAUUUUGGACAAUAUGCAACGUGAAGUUAUUCAUCUUACUCGUCCUUUGAGAUGCUCUUCUUGCUGUUUUCCAUGUUGUUUACAAGAACUUGAGGUUCAAGCACCACCUGGGAACAUUGUUGGUUAUGUAGUCCAAAAGUGGUCGAUUUGUUUCCCAAGGUUUGAAAUCCUUUCUGCAACUCGUGAGAAAAUAUUAACAAUCGUAGGUCCAUUAUGCCAGUGUAACCUUUGUGGCGACAUUGAUUACAAGGUCCUUUCUGCUGAUGGCAAAGAUGAAGUAGGAAAGAUCUCUAAACAAUGGAGUGGAUUGCUCAAAGAAGUUUUCACCGAUACCGACAAUUUUGGCAUUACAUUUCCAAUGGAUCUUGAUGUGAAAGCCAAAGCUACAAUGUUGGGAGCUGCUUUUCUUAUCGAUUUCAUGUUUUUUGAAGAAAAUCAGGACAAUAAUAAUGAUUAUUGUUAUUGAACGCUUUGAAAAAAUGUUAUUUGCACUCUUCAUUUGUUGUUAUUUUAAAAAAAUACGUAUACUUAUUUCCUACGAUAGUAUUCACUCGAUCUAAGUUGAUUUGUAACACAAAGCAAAGCAAUCUUCACGCACAUAGUUGAUUAAACUACAAUCUAUAUAAUUAAUUUGUUGAGAGUACGACGUCAAUAAAGUUCCUCGACACAAAUAA